GAGGAUUUGUUCGCCCUGGUAGGGAGAUGCCUGGAAAAUGCAGGCAUGACUAUGGGACGAUUAUGAUAUAUGAGAAUGUCUCUCGAGGUGGUGCGAGGCGUGGGGCUGAGUACAUUUACCUCUUUGCUCGUCCUCUCCCUGUUCCUCUUUGCGAUUGCGUUGAUGCGAACCUGCCUGAAUCUGCUCGUCAAUCCUCACCGACCUUAAGAUGUUGCACAACCUGGCCCUCCUCUUCCUUUUCACUCUUCUCCUCACUCCUCCCGCCGCCUCGCCCUUCGCCUUCCGCCAAACGGGCUCCCCUAAACCCCCUAAAAACAUCUUAAAAGUCUCCGACGUAACCGUCGAGACCGAAGCUGACGGCAGCGGCUGCCGCCCUGGCACCGUCAGGGUUGCCGUCUCCGAAGACAGCUCCCUCAUGACGUUCAUCUUCGACGAUUUUCAGGCCGCCGUGGGUCCAAAUGCGGGGAGCUACAGGAAGCGGGCGCUCUGUAGAGUCAGUGUCACAAUCAGUAGUCCCGGUUGGGCGUUUGACGUGCAGAGUGUGGAUUUCAGGGGGUAUGUCAGGCUAGGGAAGGGGGUGCAGGCAAGUAUUGUGAGUAGGUGGAAGUGGGUGGAUAUGAAGACGGGGGCCGACUUGAAAGGGAAGGGGAACAUGCAAAAGAAAGUAGAGGCCCCCUUCGAAGAAGACUUCCUUCUCCAUAAAGACGGCGAAACCUCAGGCGAGGCCGCAGUGUGCCAAAAAGCAUCCGCACGCUUCGCUAUCACGCUAUCAGCGACGCUGAACACGGAUCUGGCAUCCCCGCCUGACAGCAUUAUCCAGGGAGGAAGCUUGGACAAUUCAUUCAAGGAGCAAAUGUUAUUGGGGUGGAAGAACUGUUAGGAUUCGGUGGGCAAAGGAGCGGAAGGGAGAGAUUGAGUAGAUGUGUGUUAUGAUUGUUUCGGACAAUACUCCCUUCGUGUGGUUAAAACGGGGGAGGAACAACAUCAUG